AUCCAGGAGAUGAAUUCUGAUGACCCAGUUGUACAAGAGAAAGCAAUCUUCAAGACAGAAAAGAGGCUACUGGUCACAGAGGAAGACCAAGACGAGGAUGGAUGCAGGACCACCUUGAACAAGACCACAAUCAGCCCUCCACAAGCUCCUGGGAAGAACGCAGAUGAAAUGAACGCAGAGGCCUUCUUGGCAUCUGUGGAGAAGGAUGCAAAGGAACGAGCCAAGAGAAGAAAGGAAAACAGAGCCUUAGCGGAUGCCCUCAAAGGAAAAGGGAAUGAGGCAUUUGUCAGAGGCGAUUACGAGACGGCCAUCCUCUGCUACAGUGAGGGUUUGGAGAAGCUGAAGGACAUGAAGGUGCUGUACACCAACCGAGCCCAGGCUUACAUGAAACUUGGGGACUACCAGAAGGCACUAGUGGACUGUGACUGGGCUCUGAAGGCGUCUGACUGGUCUUUCUCUUCCGUGCAGUGUGAUGAAAAAUGCACAAAAGCUUAUUUCCACAUGGGCAAAGCCCACCUGGCUCUGAAGAACUACAGUGUGUCUAGAGAGUGUUUUCAGAAGAUCUUAGAAAUAAACCCCCAGCUGCAGACACAGGUGAAAGAUUACGUGGAUCAAGUGGAUCUUCGGGAGAAGGCAGACCUCCAGGAGAAGGAAGCCCAGCAACUGCUGGACUCAGGAAAGAGCACAGCCGUGACGACCAGGCAUCUCCUGGGGACUCUCUCCAAGCCCGACCAGAACCCCUUGUUCUACACAGGAGGCAUUGAGAUCCUGACUGAGCUGAUGGAGGACUGCACAGAGCGAACUUUAUUCAGAACACACAAUGGAUUCAGUAUCAUCAGUGAGAAUGAAGUCAUAAGAAGGUGCUUUUCCAUGGCAGGAAAAGAUGCAGUGGCAGAGACCCUGUGUGUGUCUGUUCUCAGGCUCUGGCAAGCCGUGUGCAGGGGGAACGAGGAAAAUGAGCGCCAGCUCGUGGCGCACCCUGGCUCAGGCAGGCUGCUGCCCUCCCUCUUGGCCUCCGGGGUCCUGCCCAUCCGGCAGCAGAGCCUGGCCCUGCUGCUGCAGCUCGCCCAGACGAAGACCGGCCGGAGCCUGGUCAUCAGCCACCUGGACCUGACCCGAUUAUUAGAAGCCCUGGUGUCAUUUCUUGACUUCUCAGACGAGAGGGCCACCUCAGCCAUGGGACUGCUCACAGACUUGGCGCUGGAAGAAAGAUUCCAAGUCUGGUUCCGGGCCAACCUCGCAGGUGUUCUCCCGGCUCUCAGAGCCGUGCUGAAGCGAGACCCCAAGGAAGUCAACACCUCAGCUCUCAGCCAGUGUGUUGCCAUCAUGGGGAACCUCAGUACUGACGCUGCCACCAGAAGACAGAUGUCUGCCUCUGAGGAAUUUGGGGAUGCUUGCUUGGGCCUCAUGGCCAGGUGUGAGGAGGAUGUAGAUCUGUCCAGAGACGUCAUAUAUGCACUCCUGGGACUCAUGAUGAACUUGUGUCUUCAGUCCCCCUUUGUCUCUGAGGUCUGGGCCGCGGAGGUGAGCAGGAGGUGCAUGUUGCUACUGAACAGCCAGGAUGGAGGAAUCCUGACAAGAGCUGCUGGCGUUCUCAGCCGCACCCUUCCUUCCUCCGUGGAAAUCGUCGCGGAGGCCCUGAGAGCAGGAGUGGUGAAGAAAAUGAUUAAGUUCCUGAAGGCGGGAGGCCAGACCGCCUCGCGUUAUGCCGUGAAGACCCUCGCCAUCUGCACCAACAGUUGCCAUGAAGCACGAGAGGAAGUGAUAAGACUGGACAAGAACUUCAGUGUUCUCAUGACGCUGCUCGGCUCGGAGGAUGAGAUUCUGGUGGGCAACGCCGCCCUCUGCCUGGGGAACUGCAUGGAGGUGCCCCAGGUGGCGUCCUCCCUGCUGAAGACGGACAUCGUGCAAGUCCUGUUGAAGCUCGCAGCCCGCGAUGUGGGGGAGAGGGCUGUGUCGCUGAACGCAGGGAUCGCUCUGGGGAAGCUGUGCACGGCCGAGCCCAGGUUUGCUGCUCAGCUGAGAGAGCUUCAUGGACUAGAAAUUCUCAACUCCACCGUGAAGCACAUCCAGGAUUCUUGAGACACGUGUCUGUGCAAACCCACAACUGCACGCCCUGGGUUGCUCCUGGUUAA